AGCAUUUUUGUAAUGCAUCCAUUUUUUAAGUAAGUUUUAUUUUGGUUGGACGCCUAUACUGCAUGCUAGUUUGAGAGAAACAACGCUUUAACUUUAGAAGAAUGAGGAAGCAACUUUAACAAACGUUCGUUUUUUUGUCAAAUCAUAAUAAACUUGACUUAAAGUUACUGUAAUAAGCCAAAAAAAUAUCUGUGUAUAUUUCUGAAUACGAAAUAUACAUACAAACAACGCCAUGGCUUGUCUAAAUUGCUGGAAGCAUUUAACGUUGGGCAUAGAUGGAUUGUCUAUGUUUGGAAAGAAAACUACUACUGUACAUAAGCGGGCUGCUAGGCCCAGGUCUGAUGACUUUGAUUCAGAUACAGAAAUCGAUCUCGAAAGUUGGGUUGUAGAGCCACCUUUCGAAAUCGACAAUAAAAUGAUGGAAGAUUACCAAGAGCCAGACGAAAAUAUCUCAAUUGCUACCAGUCGAGAUUCGGGACAUUUCGAAGGCACUCCGGAACCUGUUCCAGAUACUGCUCCCAUCGAUAUAGUAUCAGAAGAAAUUCAACACCAACCAAGAACUCGAAGUGAAACCAUCAGUACAAGUGCUCCAAGUACCUCUGAGAUGUACCAUCCUGAACCGCUGAAGCCGGAAACUGUUGGUGAUCUAGAAAUAACAAUUGGAUAUAAAAUGAAGAAAAAACGUUUAACUGUUGCAAUCGUAAAGGCUAAAGGUCUUCUGCCUAAAGAACAUGGAGGUGCACUCGGCAUAAGGAUUCAAAUAGCCCUGCUACCGGAUAAAUUACAGCGAGGCAAAACACGAAUCCGCCUGGGACAAGACCCGUUGUUCAACGAAGUCUUUCGUUUCACGAACUUGACAUCGGCGAUGCUGCAGACGUAUGCAUUACGAUUUCGAAUGUUCGGUAAAGACAAAUCCCGUCAACAACUUAGGAUCAUAGGAGAGAAGGUCCUAGACCUGUCAUGUUUAGAUAAGGAAGCGGCUCCACAAGUAAUGAGUUUAUCAUUGAAUGCAAAAAGUGUUAUCUCUGAUCCAGUUCAUCCUUCGAAGAGGUCAUUUUUAAAAAAGAGAACAUAUUCGCUCGACAAGGAUAAUUCUUUGAAAAUCAAUAAAGACCCACGUAGGGCGCGUAAGCUUAGCACUGAGACAGUCAUGACUAGUCGACAGGUGGCGUCAUUGGUGGGGAAUAGUUUCGGCAAAGGUGUGAUAUAGCCGGAUCCCGAUUAAACCAUAAGGAAUAUGUCAAAACUGUUCGUCAUAUUUUAAACAGUCACAAUCAUUCAGGAUGC